AGUUUAGACCUUGGCUAGUGGACACUCGUCCCCGUCUGCUCCUAUCGGUUAAAAAGAAAGUUGUUUCUUCUGUCCAAUAAAGGGCAAUCGACGACAUUCCUGCCCCAUCUCCCAGCGCGCGAAAAAUCAGCGGCUUGUGAAGAUGGCAUUACAAACUGGGGUUUCAACCUCCAAAGUCCUCAUCCUCGUUGGAGCAGGGUUAACUGGUUCUGUUGUUUUAAGAAGUGGACGAUUGUCUGAUCUGAUAUCACAACUUCAGGAAUUACUGAAGGGUGUGACGGAGGAAGAAAUCUCUCCCAGCCCUUAUAAGUAUGAUACUGCUGUUCUUGCUGCACAGAUUCGGCAACUGACACAAGAGAUCAGGGAAUUGACAUUAUCCGGUCCUGUAACUGUCUUUAAUGGGAACUCUUCUAGCGGGAAUUAUGCUUCUUACUUGGUACCUGCGGCUGCUGUUGGAGCAAUGGGAUAUUGCUACAUGUGGUGGAAGGGAUUGUCAUUUUCUGACAUAAUGUUUGUGACAAAGCAAAACAUGGCAAAUGCUGUCUCGACUGUCUCAAAACAAUUGGAUCACGUGCAUGAAGCACUGGCUUCAACCAGGAGGCAUCUGACAAAGAAGUUGGAGAACUUGGAUUGGAGACUGGAUGAGGAGAUUGAAACAACAAAUCUCAUAGCAAAUAAUGUGGAGGAUGUUAAAUCGAACCUUUCUCAGAUUGGUUUCGAUGUUGAAACAAUUCAUCAAAUGGUCUCACAAUUGGAAGGAAAACUCGAGGAUCUUGAAAGGAAACAGGACAUCACAAAUUCUGGUCUCUGGUAUCUAUGUCAAGCUGCAGGAGGUGUCAAAGACCGCAUAAGCGAAAAAUUCUUCCCAGAACUUGAAGCAAAGAAGAUUGCAACGAUUAAAUAUGAGGAGAAUCCCCUCAAGGGACUGCAGUUCAUUGCUGAUACUAAAGACUCCACUGUCACCGCAAUGCCAAAUGGAGUGAAGGGAAAUAGCUUUGACAAAUACAAUAGUGAAAAAGUAGCAGUAAGACGAACAAGAUUGCAUAGAUCAUAUCCUGUUGGGAUUUCUUUGGCCCAAGGCAUCAUGGGUUGUGAUACGUAAUGUUUUCCUCUAAGUUUCAUUUUCUGUUUGCUAGUCCAUGAAUAUAUGUCUAAUUCAAUUGUGUUUGUUAUUCACUAUCAUUUUUACAUGAGAAGCAUUUGUGAUUUGAAUAUAAAGUAAUGCCUUCAUGGUAAGGUUUACAGGUUUUGAGGUUUUACGAGAACACUUCCAUUUGUUGUGUAAAUUGUCUGAACUAUGAUAAAUCAAAUGAAAAAUAUUGCGCAUCUCUCUCA